AUGGCAGAUCAACCAUGUGCUCAACAGCCCUCAGGCAAUUUAGCAGAAGCAACGGCGUUGUUAAACAAUAUAUUGGCCUCAGCGGACACAAUCCGAACACUCUCUAACGCCUCAACUGUUCAGCAGCAGCCGGUCGUCGCAGCAGCUCCAGGUGUGGAUACACUGGACAGCCACCUAGCAGCUCUCUUUCCGUCCCGGCAGCGCAGCGGCGUGCCAUUGUCUGCUGCAGGCCCAGUCAGGAGAAACUGUGCACCUGCACCCCGUUAUCAAGCGCAGGAGCACUUCGGUACAUGGACAGCACAAGGCAUGAGGAGAAAAAGAUCUAGGUCGCAGCAGCAUGACCACUUCAACAAGGAUGUAAUAUUACUUCCCAAUCCAUCAUGGGGAAUAGUGUGCAAACAAGGUCCAAAAUUACGUUUAAACAAACAUGGGCACAUCCUCAGUGCCUUUGAGUUCCAGAAGGCCUGGGACCACCACACUGUUGUGGAACGUAUCAGAGAUGGUUUUGGUGAGCACAUUCCAGAGGAUGUCAGCCUCCAGUUUCUAAUGGGUUGUGGCAAUAGGCUGGUGUCCCCUAAACUCCAGGAGGGCCAGGAGCUGAAUGGAAUGCUAAUCCAUAAGAUUUUUAGAACCAAAGGCCUAUAUGUGAGACCAUCAAGGACCCUUUUAACUGACUCAGAUGAAGAAAACGAAUGUUCCCACAUAACUGAUGAUGACUGUUUGGAAGUUGAGGGUCCACAAAUCCAAACUGACAGACCUAGCACCAUCAGGGUUGCUACAAGUGCAAUGAGAAGUGAGGAUGACCCCUGUUCUAGCAGUCAGGAUGGAGAUGGCAACCCUGUCACUAGCAGUGGUGAUCAACAAGGCAAUGACAACAUACACGCCACCAGGAGUGUUGUUAAAAGGCGUACAGCAAUGCAAGGAAGUGGCACUAGUGGUCACGAUGGAGGCUCCCUUGCAAGUAGUGAUGGCAACCCUGGCACAAGCGGUCCUGAUGAAGACUACUCUUCAUAUUUAACACUUACGGCUGCUCUUCCUGAUGACUCUUCAGAUGAUGAGGAAUUAAACCAGUAUGGAGAGUCAAAUGUGAGUAGCACAAACACAGAAUGUGUCCCGGUUCAAGAGAUACUGCUGGAACACUCUAGCAAAAUUAGCACAAAACAACAGUGCAAAUUUAAUAUAAAUCGCUCUGCUGUCUGGGAGGGAGCCGUGCGAGGAUUCCAAAGGGUGUCCUAUAACCCCAACUUCAUGAUCUGUGUAAAAUUCUCAGAUGACAUGGGGAGAAAUGAGGAAGGGAUUGAUUUAGGAGGGCCAAUGGGGAUUUUUUUUACAUACAACUUUAAGCUUUUGAACUGAUUUACAAUGUAUUUAAUGGCACAUUGAAAUUUCCUUUUAUCCCGUUGUUUUGAAGCUCUAAGAGAGGACCGGUACUACACAGUUGGCAGAGCCAUUGCUGUAAGCUUGGUACAUGGCGGUCCGCCACCAAACUUCCUCUCACCAACAGUAUUUUCUCUUCUGGUUGAUGGUUCAGCAAAACCAGUGCUAGAAGACAUAGCUGACAUGGAACUUUUGGAAAAAGUCAAAAAGGUAGCUGAAAGUACAACCCUUGAGGACCUUGAGAUGACAAAGGCACCUCUACUUGACUACUUGGCCAAUGCAGGAUGUCUGAGGCCUAUGCGAUCCAUACAAGACAAGGAUUUGCUGGUACAUGACAUUGUCAUGUUCCAGGUCAUCCACAGGGUUCAAGGUCCAUUUCAAAGAUUCUGUGAAGGACUGAAAACUCUUGGGGUUCUGGAGAAAAUCCGAAGGCAUCCAGAAAGCUUUCGCCCCCUGUUCUGCUAUGAGCCAAGCACACUGACUGCUGACCAGGUGGAUGAUGUUUUCAGCAUUUGGCUGUCUCCAGAAGGGAGCAACAACGGAGUUGCUGAGGAGAGAGUUGUUACCUUCUGGAGAGACUAUCUCCAGGAUGCAGAGGAGGAGGAAGGGCCAUCCAAAUUACAAAAAAUAUUGUCCUUUGCAACUGGAGCAUCGGUGCUACCACCGAUUGGCUUUUCUCCAACUCCCUCUGUCCAGUUCAUUCAGAAGGAAGAUGACGACUUCUCCUGUACACCAAUGUUCCCUCUGGCCAACACAUGUAUCAACUGCAUCAAGUUGCCACUACAUGUGUCAUAUCAAGAGUUUAAGGAGAAGUUCGACUUCGCAUUAGGGAACUCAUAUGGGUUUGGCAGGGCAUAA